AUGGCUCGUGUCUACGCCGACGUCAACCAGAACAUGCCCCGCGCAUACUGGGACUACGACUCUGUUAACAUCAGCUGGGGUGUUCUCGAGAACUACGAGGUCGUUCGGAAGAUUGGCAGAGGAAAAUAUUCCGAGGUGUUCGAGGGUAUCAAUGUGGUUAACUACCAAAAAUGCGUCAUCAAGGUGUUGAAGCCCGUCAAGAAGAAGAAGAUCAAGAGAGAGAUCAAGAUUCUCCAGAACCUGGCGGGCGGCCCCAACAUCGUCGCCCUGCUCGACGUCGUGAGGGAUAGCCAGAGCAAGACCCCCUCGCUCAUCUUCGAAUACGUCAACAACACCGAGUUCCGCACCCUGUACCCCAGGUUCAACGACUUCGACGUCCGCUACUACAUCUUCGAGCUCCUCAAGGCCCUCGACUUCUGUCACAGCAAGGGCAUCAUGCACCGCGAUGUGAAGCCUCAUAACGUUAUGAUCGAUCAUGAGAACAGAAAGCUUCGCCUUAUCGACUGGGGUCUCGCCGAGUUCUACCACCCCGGCACCGAGUAUAAUGUCAGGGUCGCCUCUCGCUACUUCAAGGGUCCGGAGCUACUUGUCGAUUUCCAGGAAUACGACUACAGCUUGGACAUGUGGAGUUUGGGCGCCAUGUUCGCAUCCAUGAUCUUCCGCAAGGAGCCGUUCUUCCAUGGUCAGAGCAACUCGGAUCAAUUAGUCAAGAUUGCUAAGGUCCUCGGCACGGACGAGUUGUUCGACUACCUUGAUAAGUACGAGAUCGAGCUGGACGCUCAGUACGAUGACAUUCUCGGCCGCUUUCAGAGGAAACCCUGGCACAGCUUCAUUAACGCCGAAAACCAGCGCUUUGUUUCCAACGAGGCUAUUGAUUUCUUGGACAAGCUGCUGCGCUACGAUCACAACGAACGUCUGACCGCAAAGGAGGCCAUGGCCCACCCUUACUUCGCCCCUGUCCGCGACGAGGCCACACGUGCGCGGUAUCUGGCUGGUGAGACCAUCAACUAG